ACUUCCUGAACGCACCAUCUUACUACAGGAAGUACAGUAUUGUGUUUUGCUCAGUCGGCGGUGUAGCGAUCGAAGCUAACUAUAAAAAAAGGUGCAACCACAGCAACCGAUGUGAGGAGAGAUGAGUCCAUCUGCGACUUGACUCGCCAACAUGUCAAUGUUUCAGUGUCCAGUGAUUAGAAAACGACACCGCGGACGAACCACUAGCUAGGACAACGGCAAGCUGAGCAGUAUGCUGGACGUGGGGAAGUGGCCGGUGUUUGCGCUGCUUCCUCCUGAGGAACUACGGCUUAUUCGGCAGGCGUGUGUCUUUGGCAGUGCUGCAAAUGAAGCCCUCUAUGUCACAGUUAAUGAUGAGGUCUUUGCUCUGGGCACCAACUGCAGCGGCUGUUUGGGCCUCGGAGACGUUCAAAGCACGAUUGAGCCGCGCCGGAUUGAUGUCUUGUGUGGAAAGAAGAUUGUGUCCCUAAGCUAUGGAACAGGGCCACAUGUGGUUAUCACUACUACAGACGGAGAGGUGUUUGCUUGGGGCCAUAACGGCUACAGCCAGCUGGGCAACGGCACCACCAACCACGGACUGACCCCCGCCCUGGUUUCCACCAACCUGCUGAGCAAGAGAGUGACAGAGGUGGCCUGUGGCUCCCACCACACCAUUGCCCUCACGAUUGAUGGAGAGGUCUUCGCAUGGGGCUACAACAACUCUGGCCAAGUAGGUUCAGGGUCCACGGCCAACCAGCCGACACCGCGGCGGGUUAGCAGCUGCCUGCAGAACAAGGUGGUGGUGAACAUAGCCUGUGGUCAGCUCUGCUCUAUGGCUGUACUGGACAAUGGAGAGAUCUACGGUUGGGGCUACAAUUGCAAUGGACAGCUUGGUUUGGGCAACAAUGGGAACCAGCAGACCCCAUGCAGGAUCGCUGCUCUCCAAGGUGUCAACAUCGUCCAGGUUGCCUGUGGAUAUGCACACACAUUGGCACUCACAGACGAGGGGAUGGUUUACGCCUGGGGAGCCAACUCCUAUGGGCAGUUGGGAACAGGCAACAAGAGUAACCAAGCGCUCCCCACCCUAAUAAACACCGACAAGGAGAGGAUGGUGGAGGUGGCUGCAUGUCACACCAGCCACACGUCAGCUGCCAAGACACAGAGCGGGCAGGUUCUGAUGUGGGGUCAGUGUCGAGGUCAGGCUGUGGCCAGCACCCACCUCACCCACUUCAGCAGUACGGACGACGUGUUCGCCUGCUUCGCCACACCAGCGGUCACGUGGCACCUCCUCUCAGUAGAUGGCGAUGACUACCUGACCGUGGCCCAGUCUCUGAAGAGGGAGUUUGACAGCCCGGAGAUUUCCGACCUAAAGUUCUUGGUUGAUGGGAAGUGUAUCCAUGUUCACAAAGCCCUGCUGAAAAUCAGGUGUGAGCAUUUCCGUGCACUGCUAAACGAAACUGACGAGGAUGCCAUAGAAAUUCACCAGUUCUCAUAUCUGGUGUACCGAGCAUUUCUGGAGUACCUCUACACAGACACCAUCAACCUGCCACCAGAGGAUGCUGUUGGCUUGCUAGACUUGGCCACGUACUACCGAGAGACCAGGCUGAAGAGGCUGUGCCAGGAAACAAUCAAGAGAGGCAUUACUGAGGAGAACGCCAUCACGCUGCUCUCCGCCGCUGUAAAGUAUGAGGCGCGGGACCUGGAGGAGUUCUGCUUCAAGUUUUGCGUCAACCACCUAACGGCUGUCACGCAGACCCAGGCCUUUGCCGACAUGGACCACGACCUGCUCAAGAACUUCAUUAGCAAAGCCAGCCGCUACGGGGCCUUCAAGAACUGACUAGAGGGCCCCUGUAGCGACGCACUCCACGCGAUGGGGUCUCAGGUCGCUGAGGUCCUGCGAGUCGACCCGAGACCAAAGUAAACACCAGGCAGAUGAGCACUUCCAAGGCCUUUGUCGCUGGGGAUUUGAACGUUGGAGGAAAAUGGCUUUAGGGCUUUAGGUUUCGCCCUCUAACUGAUGCGUCUGUGUUGCUGCCCGACAACUGCUAUCCCAAACACAGUAGCUGCUCGGGGCAUAAAUAUUGGGUUUCCCCACUCGGUCAGUCCUGAGCAGACCGUGCAGAGGCAUGAAUAGAGGGAUGUGCCACAGUGGUCGUCCAUGUGUCACUGACAAUAGGCUUGGCUGAUAACGGAAGGUAUCUGAUUUGUUUCAUCGACAGACCGAUGGCAUGCCUCAUGGCAGCCAGCUCAGACAGGAUGCCUGGAAGUGCUGCCCACUACUCAUUGCAAAACAAGGGUUUGGCGUUGAGGCGUGAAACUAAUUAGCAAUGCGCAUAUCGCACUGUAGCCAUGAAUUGACCCUUCAAGUUGUGCUGCUUUUCGGUGAAGCCUUGAUUCUCUAACAUUCUGGAUUGAGAAGUAGUUUUUAAUGAGGAAAAAACACGAGCUGUUCUUCUUUCGGAUAAAACUUGUAUUUGACACCCCUUUUUUUUUUUUCUUCUUCUAAACAACUGCAGCUUGCAUCUGGUCAAUGGUACCAUAUGUUCUCCUGCAUAAGUACAUUUUGCCAUUUUGUUUUAUAUUGUAGCUAUUCACCUUUGCCAUCCAAGCUUAUGGUUCCUGCUUGAUGUUUGCAUCUCUUUAAUAUUUGCACUGUUUUGCAGUUGGCCACAGUCAGCAGACAAUUUAUAAAGGUGCAGUCAGCAUGUCCGACCUGCAGGAGCGUAUGGAGUCUGGUGUAGCCUGUGCAGGUUGUCCCACUAUAGGUGCAGCUGAUUUGUAAUGUGUUUAAUUUACAAUUUGGUAUGUUUACAAAAGUUUGUGUUUUUAAUUUUAAUUUUUUUUAAAUUAUCAUUGUUUGUAUGUUGGCAGCAUCUGGAUCUUUUUACAAAUCUUUGUUUAUAUCUCUACCUAGGUAACGCCUUGUGGGAAUUGAAUCAAUUGCCAACUGACUGUUGAUUAUAGGACCACAAGGUCUUUAAAUGUAGUCACCAGAUAUUUUGUUAUAUUUCCAGAACUAUAGCAAUAGAAAUGUAAUUAAACACUUUUACUUUAACAAGCCAAUUAUUGGGGUUUUUUUGGUACAUUUUGAUGACUUAAAAAAUGCCUGUCUGUUCUUAUUUUGUAUGGAAAAUGCUGUAAACUGCUGACAGCGCCAUAAAAGGGUAAUAUUUGAUAAUCUGACAAUGAAAUUAAAUUGAGCAACUACAUCA